AUGAUGAAUGGUAUAGUUGGUGAUUAUCGCAUGGAUGAUGAGGGUGUCGUCAUGCGACACUUCAACUCCUUCGAGAUCACGGGGACUGAAGCUGAUCUCGGGUCUGCUGGCUUGCUCCCGGCUGCAACCCACCCUAUAAAUUCAUCGACCGUUCGCGUAAAGGAAUCAAAUCCUCUGUUCUUUCAAAUUCCGUGUGCAAUUAUUCUUUUCCUCUUCCAAAGUUGGGAUUUUGCAGAUCAUAGAGCUUUUAAAAUUGCGUUUUCCAUGGAGAUUCUAGGGUCUUCGUUGUCCCAGAGGACUCUUCUUCCUUCUACGAGCUCGCUCCUGUUCCGAGCCGCCGCCGGCGAGCAGAGUAGCCUCCGCUUCCUCCCUGUUUGGGAGCGGAGGAUUUGCCUGGCGAGGAGAGCGGUGAGGCCUCCGGUGGUUGCCACGAUGGUGUUGCAAGAGAGGGCGGUGAGUGCAGAGGCGGAGGAGAAGCCGGUGAGAUUUAAGGUCCGCGCGGCGGUGACUGUGCGGAGGAAGAAGAAGGAGGAUUUAAAGGAGGCGGCCGUGAACCAGUUUGAUGCUUUCUUCGACAAGAUGGGUAAAAAUGUCGUCUUGGAGCUCAUCAGCACGAAGCUUGAUCGAAAAACCGGGAAGCCGAAGGCUAGCAACCGGGCGGAGCUACGGGGCUGGUUCGAGAAGAAGGCGGCGAAGGCGGAGCGGGCGGUCUACACGGCGGAUUUCUCCGUGGACUCCGACUUCGGCGUGCCCGGCGCGAUCACGGUGCUCAACCGGCACCACGGCGAGUUCUUCGUGGAAAGCGUCGUGGUCGAGGGCUUCGCCUGCGGCCCUGUCCACUUCCCCUGCAACUCCUGGGUGCAACCCACCCGGAUUCACCCCACCAAGCGAGUCUUCUUCAGCAACAAGCCAUAUCUGCCGUCGGAGACGCCUCUCGGGUUGCGGGAGCUGCGGCAGCAAGAGCUCAAGGAGCUGCGCGGUGACGGGAAAGGGGAGAGGAAGCCGAGCGACCGAGUCUUCGACUACGGCACCUACAACGACUUGGGCAACCCCGACAGGGGAAUCGAGUUCGCGAGGCCCACGCUGGGAGGCGAGAAGAAGCCGUACCCGAGAAGAUUGAGAACAGGACGAUCUCCUACAAUCUCAGAUCCGGAAGCAGAGAGCAGGGUGGAGGACCCGAUGCCGAUCUACGUGCCCCGCGACGAACGGUUCGAGGAGGGGAAGGAGGAGAUGCUGGCGGCGGGAGCGCGGAAGGCGGUGCUGCACAACCUGGUUCCGCUUCUCCUCGCCGGAUUCUGCCCGGACAUCAACGAGUUCAAGUCGUUCCAUGAAGUGGACAACCUCUUCAAGGAAGGGCUUCGACUGAAGCAGAGCCUGCAGGACCAGCUGCUCCACAAGCUCCCUCUGGUGAGCAAGAUCGAGGAGUCUAGCGACGGUCUCCUCCGAUACGACACCCCCAACAUCAUCACCAAGGACAAGUUCGCGUGGCUGCGGGACGAUGAGUUCGCUCGUCAAACACUUGCAGGGAUCAACCCAGUCAACAUUCAAAGGCUUCAGGCGUUUCCACCGGCGAGUAAACUAGAUCCCGCCGUGUAUGGCCCCCCGGAGUCCGCCAUUAAUGAAGAACACAUCGUCAGCCAUCUCGACGGCAUGUCCGUUCAGCAGGCAUUGGAGGAGAAGAAGCUCUUUAUGUUGGAUUUUCACGACACGUACCUUCCUUUCGUCGAUCGGAUCAAUGCGCAAGACGGGCGCAAAGCUUACGGCACUCGCACCCUCUUCUUCCUCACCAAGCUUGGAACGCUCAAGCCCAUCGCCAUCGAGCUCAGCCUGCCGCCGACCCGGCCUGGCGAUCCGCGGGCCAACCGUGUCCUGACGCCGCCCACUGACGCAACUGGCAACUGGCUCUGGCAGCUGGCUAAGGCCCACGUCUGCUCCAACGACGCCGGCGUCCACCAACUCGUAAACCAUUGGUUGAAGACGCACGCGUGCAUGGAACCAUUCAUCGUGGCGGCGCACCGACAACUGAGCGCGAUGCACCCGGUGUUCAAGCUGUUGAAGCCGCACAUGAGGUACACGUUGCACGUCAACGCCCUCGCUCGCCAAAUCCUCAUCAGCGGCGGCGGCGUCAUCGAAUCGGGUUUCAGCCCCGGCCAUGUUUGCAUGGAGAUCAGCACCGCCGCCUACCGCGACCACUGGCGCAUCGACCAGGAAGGCCUCCCCGCCGAUCUCCUUCGAAGAGGCAUGGCGGUGGAGGACGAGACGCGACCGUACGGACUGAGAUUGGUGAUCGAGGACUAUCCGUACGCCGCCGACGGGCUUCUCCUGUGGUCGGCGAUCGAGAAGUGGGUGGAUAAGUACGUGGCGGCAUACUACCCAGACGCCGAUUCGGUCCGGUUCGACUCGGAGCUGCAGAGCUGGUACUCUGAGGCCGUCAACGUCGGGCACGCCGACAAGCGCAACGCGCCCUGGUGGCCGCGGCUGAAGAGCCCCGGAGAGCUGAGCGCCUUCCUCACCACCCUUGUCUGGCUCUGCUCCGCCCAGCACGCCGCCCUCAACUUCGGGCAGUACCCCUUAGGCGGGUAUAUCCCCAACCGGCCUCCCUUAAUGCGCCGCCUCGUGCCCGCCGAGGGGGACCCCGAGUACGAGUACUUCCGGCGCGACCCCGCGCGGUACUUCCUCACGUCGCUCCCGUCCCUGACGCAGGCGACGACCUUCAUGACGGUGAUCGACACCCUGUCGACGCACUCGGCGGACGAGGAGUACCUCGGGGAGCGCCCCGAUCCGUACACGUGGACGGCGGACGGGGAGAUGGUGGAGGCGUUCCACGAGUUCGCGGCCGAGGUGAGGGGGGCGGAGGCGGAGAUCGCUCGACGUAACGCCGACCCAGCGAGGCGGAAUCGGUGCGGCGCCGGCGUGCUGCCGUACGAGUUGCUGGCGCCGAGUUCGGGACCGGGGAUCACGUGCCGGGGCGUGCCCAACAGCGUCACCAUCUGAAUUCACUCUCCAUAUAUAUAUAUAUAUAUAUAUAUAUAUUCCUAUCAGGUUAUAAAGUUGUAGAAAAAUGGAAUUUUCCCUAAAAAUAAAAAUAACCUGUAUAACGUGUAAAUAAAUAAAUAUUUAUUUAUUAAAUCAAGAUUCACUUUUUGAAGAAGAGGGAACUGAAAAGGGAAAAUUGAAACAAGUAUACGUGCAGAUACGCAUGUUGAAACAGCCCUUUUCACAGUGUUAACUCCUACAAAAUCAUGGCUGACGGGAGAAUUUAGUUAGUUGAAUCGAGUCGAAUCAUGUUAGUUGUUAACUAA